AUGCCGGAAUCGGCAAAAGAAAAGGAAGGGUCCCACCAUCGCCUGAGUUUUCCAGGCUUGCACCUUGGCGGUCACAAAUCGAAAGACCAUAGUCAUCAGCAUCCGCAUGCAUCGCUUGACUGGAAAAUCGAGUCACCGCCCGCCGUCAUGCACGGCGAUGCGGAGAACAGCACUGGUGCCUUGGUGUCAGGCCAGCUGCUGUUAGCCGUCAAGGAGGCCCCUUUUGAGGUUGAGAGCUUCAAGGCCCGCUUGGACAUCCACGUUAUCCGAAAGCGUCCGUACAAGGAUCACUGCAAUGACUGCUCAAACCAGAAGACCGAGUUGAAGAGCUGGGAGCUGAUUUCCGAGCCAGCCGCAUUGUCCAAGAACGUGCACAACUACCCGUUCUCAGUGCUACUUGAAGGCCACCUUCCUGCUUCCACGGACAACUCCGUUGUCACCGUGAGGUACGAUUUCACAGCAGAGGUGAAGCCCAAGUGUGGGCCUACGUUAAAGCUGUUGAAGACCAUUGACGUCAGGCGAGCACUUCCCGUCCCCGAGACUCCUCACCACUCGGUCCGCAUUUUCCCACCGACCAACAUCACUGCCUCUGUGCACUAUCCCAAUGUCAUCCACCCUAUCGGCAACAACAAGCUCGAAUUACGUCUCGAAGGAAUCAUUAAGUCUAACCCGGAUGUUAAAACUAUCGAGUAUUGGAAGUUGAAGCGCUUGUCAUGGAAGAUCGAGGAGCAUCUCAACACCGUUGUACCGGCGUGCAAGAAGCAUUCACCCAAAGAUGCCGAAACCGGCGAGCCUACUAAGAAGGGCUUGAAGAGAACAGAAGCUCGAACUAUCGGCUCUGGUGAUCUUGGCAGUGGCUGGAAAGCGGAUUACUCCCCUAAUGGCAACGUUGAGAUGGAAAUUGAGUAUCAAAUCAAUCCCGCCCUCAAGGCUGCUUGCGACAUGAAGAGCAAUGACGGCACCGAAGUCACUCACCAACUGGUCAUCGAAAUGGUUGUUGCUCAAGAGUACGCACCAGUCAACCAACCCAAGCAUGUCACCCCGACCGGAGUUGCGAGGAUUCUAAGAAUGCACUUCGGCACAGUUGUCACGGAGCGUGGCGGUCUUGGUGUUAGCUGGGACAAUGAGGCCCCUCCUAUCUACCAGGAUGUACCGCCUAGUCCGCCUUCAUAUCAUUGCGAGAUCCCUUACGCGGAAGUGGAGGGACUCAGCCCUCUCAUGGGCCCAACGGAUAGAGCGCAUUAG